AUGUUUCAAGAAACCAGCGGUCGCAAAGAAUUUGAUGCGUUGCCAUCACUCGCUCAAUAUAUGCUAACGCCUGAAGAACGUCUACAAAAUGGUAUUCAUGCUGGUAUUGUCUGUAAUUAUUGCGGCGAACGUGAAUGGAAAGGGGCGAGAUAUAAAUGUUCUGAAUGUCCCGAUUAUGACUUGUGCUUUAAUUGUAUCACAAUGUCCAACCUGCUUCAUAACAUACAGCAUCAUUUCCUUAAAAUCUUGAAUCCCUUAGAUCCGAAGGAAGUUCCAAAAGGCACUUCUAUUGUUCCUGUUACUAUCUCCCUGAUAUUACCAGACACUAAAGAGAAAUUAUUGGCUCUGCUACGUGAAGAAGAACGGCGAAGAUUUUCGCCUGAAAUGCAAAAAAAAUAUUAUGAUGUUGGGAGCGAUCCUACAUCCAACAAGGAUUGGAUGGAUGUCACUGAUCAGAUGCAGCAUGAGUUGGUUCGAGAGUUUGGAUAUUCGGAUGAAGCAGUGCAAUUGUUGCGGCGUGCACCACAGCUUUACCCAGAUGAUCCUGAAUUUCGUACCACUCAAGUAUAUGUUCGCAAUAAUAUUGCUAACAUUGGGAAUCUCAUUGAAGGGAUGCCAGCACCUGAUUGUCCGUUGGUUCCACUAGAUUAUUCAAUUUUUACAUCAGUAAUUGACAACAACAAUGCUAAUUCAUCAACUUUGGUUAAUUUACGUUCACUUUGUAAAUCAGGACGGCCUCUUGUUCUUCUUGGUGGAUCAUAUACUUGUCCUUUAUACCGGUAUAUAUCUCAUGUACUCAAUGAUAUAUAUAUUCGAUAUAAAACACGUGUAGAUUUUUAUAUGAUUCAAAUUAAAGAGGCACAUGCUUCUGAUGUUUGGCCUAUUGGCAACAUUGUAGAAGUCAAGGAGCAUCGCACAUUAUCUGACCGUUUAGCUGCUGCACGUGAAAUGGUUAAAAAAACUCAGUUGGAAAUUCCUGUACUAGCUGACACGAUGGAUGAUACUUUCUUGAAAUUGUAUUCACCAUGGCCAUUCCGUUUUUUUGUUGUUGUAGAUGGUAUUUUAAGACUUGUUGGAAUGCCAAAAGAAGCGCGUUAUGACACAACAGAUUUAGUCGAAUGUUUGGAUGAUCUUCUAUGUAGUAAAAAAGAUUAG